AUGGUCACAGACGACGCACUAACACCUUCAAGGAAACCACAUGGUGCUACAAUCGAUGGAAUGCACGACGAGCUCAAAAACGCAGAGAUGAUUGCAGGAGGAUCUUCACAGGCCUUACAGAGCUCCACGCCAGAGGCGAAACUUCUGACCAGGGUGGACAUCACCAUAUCAACCAGAUAA